CCAAUAGUAUAAAGAAAUAUAUAUUUGUGGGCGGACGUUGCGCAAAAGCAAGAUAGUUUACAAGAAGUUAAUGGCUAGGAAACGGGUUGCUUUGCUUAUUUUUUCAACGACUUCAGAUGUCUGGUUUUGAGAAGUUCAUGUUUUGGAAGUCGUCACAGUAAGCGCGGAUACAAGUUUCAAGGCUCCUCGUUUCAGGUCUCAGCCUUGUGUACACGCGUGACGGAAGCUAUGCAGAAUGCUGUGACCGGGACGGACAUGCUCACGGAAGGCUUUGAGGAUGAGAUCGACUCGGUAACUCCGCGCUCGCCAGUGACGGGACUCGGAAGUGAAGCCGGCGUCGGACUCUCCGCCGCUGCCAAGGUUCGUCUGUUCGGGGGCUCGUCGACUGGGAACGAGAGACUGGAUUUCAGGUUGGCUGCCGCUGCCGCUGUGCUCUCCUCCGGAACUGGCUCUGGCAGUGACGACGACGAAGUGUCUGAGGUUGAGUCGUUUAUUUUGGACCAAGAGGACUUGGACAAUCCAGUGCUUAAAACUGCUUCUGAACUCUUCCUAUCCACUGCUGCUGAAGGAACUGACUUUAGAACUGUUGAUCCGGAGACACAGGCACGCCUAGAAGCAUUAUUAGAAGCUGCAGGAAUUGGUAAAUUGUCCACUGCUGAUGGUAAAGCCUUUGCAGAUCCUGAAGUACUUCGAAGAUUGACGUCAUCUGUGAGCUGUGCUUUGGAUGAAGCUGCGGCUGCGCUAACUCGGAUGAGAGCGGACAAUACUCUUAGCACAGGACAAGUAGACAAUCGUAGUCUAGCAGAAGCCUGUUCCGAUGGAGAUGUUAAUGCUGUUCGUAAACUGCUUGAUGAAGGCAGAAGUGUAAAUGAACACACAGAGGAGGGAGAAAGUCUUCUCUGCUUGGCCUGUUCUGCUGGAUAUUAUGAGCUGGCACAAGUGUUGCUUGCUAUGCAUGCAAAUGUUGAAGAUCGAGGAAAUAAAGGUGACAUUACACCUUUAAUGGCAGCUGCCAGUGGGGGUUUUGUUGAUAUUGUAAAACUGUUAUUGGCUCAUUCUGCAGAUGUGAAUGCACAGUCAUCGACUGGUAACACUGCUCUUACGUAUGCAUGUGCUGGCGGCUUUGUUGAUGUCGUUAAAGUUUUGCUAAAAGAAGGUGCUAAUAUAGAGGAUCACAAUGAAAAUGGGCACACCCCUUUAAUGGAAGCAGCUAGUGCUGGGCACGUAGAGGUGGCAAGGGUCUUGCUAGAAUUUGGAGCAGGCAUCAACACGCAUUCAAAUGAAUUCAAAGAAAGUGCCCUUACGCUGGCAUGCUAUAAAGGCCAUUUAGACAUGGUUCGAUUUUUGCUGGAUGCUGGAGCUGAUCAAGAGCAUAAAACUGAUGAGAUGCACACUGCCUUAAUGGAGGCCUGCAUGGAUGGCCAUGUGGAAGUAGCACGUUUACUGCUAGACAGCGGUGCUCAAGUAAACAUGCCUGCAGAUUCUUUUGAGUCUCCUUUGACUUUGGCAGCCUGUGGAGGUCAUGUGGAACUUGCUGCCCUUCUGAUAGAAAGAGGGGCUAAUUUGGAAGAAGUAAAUGAUGAAGGUUAUACACCUUUAAUGGAAGCUGCACGAGAGGGCCAUGAAGAAAUGGUGGCACUCUUACUUGCACAAGGGGCCAACAUAAAUGCACAGACAGAAGAAACACAAGAAACUGCUCUUACCUUGGCGUGCUGUGGUGGAUUUUCAGAAGUGUCCGAUUUUCUCAUCAAAGCAGGGGCAGACAUAGAACUUGGCUGUUCUACACCUCUUAUGGAAGCUGCUCAGGAGGGGCAUUUAGAGCUAGUGAAAUAUUUGUUGGCAGCAGGCGCAAAUGUACAAGCAACAACGGCUACAGGGGAUACAGCUCUGACAUACGCAUGUGAAAAUGGUCACACGGAUGUUGCUGAUGUCUUGUUGCAAAAUGGCUCUGAUUUAGAACAUGAAUCUGAAGGGGGAAGAACUCCACUAAUGAAAGCUGCAAGAGCUGGUCACCUUUGCACAGUACAGUUUCUCACUAGCAAAGGUGCUAAUAUAAAUAGAGCUACUGCAAAUAAUGAUCACACUGUGGUAUCACUUGCAUGUGCUGGAGGUCAUCUUGCAGUUGUUGAAUUACUUCUAGCACAUGGUGCAGAUCCAACUCAUCGCUUAAAGGAUGGCUCUACCAUGCUAAUAGAAGCAGCAAAAGGUGGCCAUACUAAUGUUGUUUCCUAUUUACUGGAUUAUCCAAACAACAUUUCAUCAGUCCCAGCAACAGAUAUGUCUCAGAUGACUCCACCAUCUAAUGAUCAACCUCCGAUUCCACGUGUACCUAUAAAUACAUUGGCAAUGGUGGUACCCCCUCAAGAGCCUGAUAAAGCUCCUGAACAACUUGCGACAGAAAGAGGAAAAUUAAAGCAAAAGCCAGAUAACCUGCAUACAUCUGAUCAGGAUCUGCGAUCACCAUUUCAUCCAUGUCAGCUAUUGGAAUGUAUAGUAGAAGAAACCGAAGGAAAGCUUAAUGAACUUGGUCAAAGAAUUAGUGCUAUUGAAAAGGCACAGCUCAAAUCAUUAGAACUGAUUCAAGGCGAACCUCUGAAUAAAGAUAAAAUAGAAGAGCUUAAAAAGAACAGAGAAGAGCAAGUCCAGAAGAAAAAGAAAAUUCUAAAGGAGCUUCAGAAAGUAGAACGGCAAUUGCAAAUGAAAACACAACAGCAGUUCACCAAAGAAUAUUUGGAAUCGAGCCCCCCGAAAGAUCCAACAGCUCCGCAUCAGUGUCCUCUUAAAAGUGUAAUCCCACAGUUAGAGUCAAAUGAUGAUGAAUUUUCAGAGGAGAACUGUGCAAAUUUGCCUCAGGUUGAAAAUAUCUUUGCUAAUGACGGUGAUCAGCAGUUAUUGCCUCAGCCCGAUGUUGAGCAGAUGGGAUUUGUACCUAUUCAUCCAUCGUCAACAUCAGUAUCAGAAUUCUCAAGUGAAAUUGAACUCUGUGAAAUAAAUUCUCUUCAGCCACCAGUAUAUGGAAGCCAACUAUUGCUAGAACAGCAACAAGCAGCCAAUCAGGUACUUUUAUGUCAAGCACCAGAUGCAUUAAUGGUUGCCUCGCCAGCACAGACCCUUACUGAAACCCUUGAUGACAUCAUGGCUGCUGUGAGUAGUAGAGUGCCUUCUUUACCUGACGAAUCCUCCCUUCCCACUGCAUCUUCACUAAGUCUUCAGUCGACUCCAACACCACAAUCAUUGCUCUCUACUUUCCCCUCAAUAGAUAUUGACGCACACACUGAAAGUAAUCAUGAUACAGCAUUAACCCUUGGAUGUGCUGGAGGUCAUGAAGAGUUAGUGUCUGUGUUGAUUACACGUUCUGCUAAUGUUGAACACAGAGACAAAAAAGGUUUCACGCCCCUUAUUUUGGCUGCUACUGCUGGACAUGUUGGAGUUGUAGAGAUUCUGUUGGAUAAAGGAGCAGACAUUGAAGCACAGUCAGAACGUACUAAGGAUACUCCUCUCUCGCUUGCAUGCUCUGGUGGGCGUCAAGAGGUGGUUGAGCUGCUAUUGGCUCGGGGUGCUAACAAAGAGCACAGAAAUGUUUCAGACUAUACCCCACUCAGCUUGGCUGCGUCUGGUGGAUAUGUCAAUAUUAUUAAAAUUCUUCUUAAUGCUGGUGCAGAAAUUAACUCAAGAACCGGCAGUAAGCUUGGGAUUUCUCCUUUGAUGCUGGCUGCAAUGAAUGGACACGUCCCUGCCGUUAAGCUGCUUCUUGAUAUGGGUUCUGACAUCAAUGCUCAGAUUGAAACAAAUCGUAAUACUGCACUUACUUUGGCUUGCUUUCAGGGCAGAGCAGAAGUAGUGAGCCUCCUCUUAGAUAGAAAAGCUAAUGUUGAACACAGAGCUAAGACCGGACUUACACCACUAAUGGAGGCAGCCUCAGGGGGUUAUGCAGAAGUGGGACGAGUUCUUCUAGACAAAGGAGCUGAUGUGAAUGCACCUCCAGUGCCUUCAUCAAGGGAUACGGCUUUAACAAUUGCCGCAGACAAAGGUCAUUACAAAUUCUGUGAACUGCUAAUCAGUAGGGGAUCGCAUAUUGAUGUUCGAAAUAAAAAAGGAAACACGCCUCUUUGGCUAGCUGCAAAUGGCGGUCAUUUUGAUGUAGUACAGCUUCUUGUACAAUCCGGGGCUGAUGUAGAUGCGGCUGAUAAUAGAAAGAUCACCCCUCUGAUGUCUGCAUUCCGUAAGGGUCACUUAAAAGUGAUACAGUUUUUGGUCAAAGAAGUAAACCAAUUUCCAUCUGAUAUUGAGUGCAUGCGAUACAUUGCCACUAUAACCGAUAAGGACCUUUUGAAGAAAUGCCAUCAGUGUAUGGAAACAAUUGUUAAGGCAAAAGACCAGCAAGCGGCAGAAGCAAACAAGAAUGCAAGCAUCCUCCUUAAAGAGCUAGAUUUAGAGAAGUCAAGAGAAGAAACCAAAAAACAAGCUCUUGCAGCAAAAAGAGAAAAGAGAAAGGAGAAAAGAAAGAAGAAAAAGGAAGAGCAAAAGAAAAAAGUGGGAGAUGAUGAAGAUAGUAAGACGCUGGAGAUAUUUGAUCUACAAGAUGAUGACGACAAUGACUUAGAAGUAGAGGAAGAAGUUCCUAUAGAACCUCCAAGUGCUACGACUACAACAACCAUUGGAAUCUCUGCAACGUCGGCCACAUUUACAAAUAUUUUUGGAAAAAGAGCAAAUGUUGCGACAACUCCAAGCACAAACAGGAAGAACAAGAAAAACAAAACCAAAAGUACCUCUCCAAAAUUGCAAAUAAUUAUGCAAGAUCAGCACAUGUCUCUAGCUCAGAAAAAAGCAGAUAAGAACAAAAUUCAUGGAGAGCCAAGAGGUGGUGGUACCAGCAGAAAUAGCGAUUCCGAGAACUUGGAUAACAACGACUGCAACAGCGAGAGCAGUGCUGGCGAUAAAAGUCAAGAGCUUUCCUCUUCUGGGGAAAGUCAAUAUUCUUCAUUGCUGCUUAACCAUGAAGAAAAACCAAGCACCCCUGCUUCCAAAUUCCCCAUAAGACUUGAAAAUGAAUUGUGCCACAAUGCGCUAUCCAGUUACAAAACUGUAACCGUGUCACCAAUUGGGAAACUGAACCUAAGCAGCCCUAAAAGGGGGCAAAAAAGAGAGGAAGGGUGGAAAGAAGUUGUCAGAAGGUCAAAGAAACUUUCUGUACCUGCAUCUGUCGUAUCCAGGAUAAUGGGGAGAGGAGGCUGUAACAUUACUGCUAUUCAGGAUGUUACUGGUGCCCACAUUGAUGUUGACAAACAAAAGGACAAAAAUGGAGAGCGAAUGAUUACAAUACGGGGAGGAACAGAGUCGACCAGGUAUGCCGUGCAGCUUAUAAACGCUCUCAUUCAAGAUCCCGCGAAAGAACUCGAAGACUUGAUUCCAAGAAACCACAUCCGCAAUCCCAUCAACUCAAAACUAAAUUCCAUGUCGCAGUCGGGAGCAAGCAAUUUGUCCUCAAACAAGGCUGCGUUUUCUCUGAGUACUGCCACGUUAUCCACAUCGCAGUCUACUGGUUUACCCGUGUUUCCGGCCCCCAACAGACCAAACAAAAACAUGCAAACAAACGUACGUUCACCUUUCAAAGUGACUCUCCCAGUAUCUUAUUCUCAUCCUCAUUUUGCCCUUUUGGCUGCUCAAACAAUGCAGCAAAUCAGACAUCCACGUUUACCUAUGGCCCAGUUUGGAGGAACCUUUAAUCACGCCCCAAGCACGUGGGGUCCUUUCCCUGUGAGACCAGUCAGCCCUGGUAGUGCAAACAGUUCUCCAAAGCACAAUGGUAACGGACGUUCAGCUUAUCCUCCGAUGGGAAGCUCCGUGCACACAGACAGCACAGCAACAUCAAUGACUGGCCCAGUUGCAAUGUCUCCUUUAGCUCAGCAUUUGUGCAUGGCCGAUAGUUCUCCAUCUUCCAGAAAACAACUACUGACCUGCUGCCCUAAAACCAGCAACGUGUCUUCUGCCAUGUCCAGCAUCUGCACCCCUCUUCCUCCAGUUGCAUCAAAUUGUGGGACAAUCUCCAGUGCACUUUCACCUCCCAAUGUUGCACAAACAGAGCACUUUUUCUUAUCUAAAAAUGAUGCUUUUUCAACUCCCAAAGAAAAACCGUCUAAAACGGAUCAGCCGGUGGACAUGUUCUCCUUAUCCCCUGCCAGAUUCAACAACUCUUCAUGUAAUAAUAAUAGAGUAGUCCCCGGCCAGUCCCCCCAAAAUAGCCGAAAAGGCGAAACGCAGCUUUCUGGCAUUUCAGAUAUGAGCCAGCCAAAGACUGUUGCCCUGAUGCCUAGCGUAGAUUCCGCAUCAGUAUCUGCAUCCUCUAUUAGAGCAGUGGCACACGGAGCUGGGGAGUCUCAGGAUAACUGCAGCAUUUUACAGCUAGCCGCCGCUUCUUCUGCUGCACCUCCAAAUUGCUCUCCGAGAAUGCAGUCUACAGGUUCUUUCUACUCGAUAGGUCCUUCCAUGACAAUGCAACAGGACGGCCAGUCUAUUUAUGGUGCAGAUCAACUUUCAAUUCCCCCUCAGGAAGCACAAAAACAACUAAGCCAAGCACCUGCGCUGCCAAUGACCCCUGUUAUGAACAGUUCACAGAUGCACCUUAAUGUGGCCAAUAAACAUUUGCCUCCUUCAUUUGGACCAGCAUUUCUCAAUCACUUUUCUAGUCUUUUUGAUAACCGGGUAUCAUCCAUGAACCAAAGCUGGGGGGGAUGCCCAGUGGCACCUCAAACGGGCGAUCCAGCUUUUCACUCCCAGUCUCCUUUCCUUGGCAACUCUGUUCUUGGACAUGUGGACAGUAUUCAUUCUUCAGAAGGUUCUAAAGCUCCAGGAUUUCGGGCAUCUCAAAGGGCAUCCUCUUGUUCAGUCGCUAUGUCCUCUUUGGAGACAUCGGACCCUUCCUCCUCUGCACCCCUGAUGACGUUUUCAUCAAGUGUCCAUGCAAAUCAAGCCUUUCUGCAAGGGACUACAGUAACACCCAACUUUAGCAGGCAACAUUUUUCGCCCCAUCCUUGGACAAACCCUUCCAAUACAUGUGAGUCUCCGGUCUCCUCUGGUGCGCCAUCUCCAUUAUCAUCUGUAUCAUCAACUUCGUCCCUGGGUCAGCAGUUAUCGGGCAACUUGACUUACGACCGCAAAAUACCUCCUCCAAUUGGAACAGAGAGACUUGCGCGGAUACGACAGGGAAGUUCAGUGCCCCCCGCUGCUUUGGGAUCCAGCUUUUCAGCUCCAGUUGGGAAUUCUGGCAUUUGGUCGUUUGGAGUAAAUAAUGAAUCCGAGGGUUUUUCUGGUUGGUCCCACCCAGUCAUGGGCAGCCAUGCUAUACACAAGGCUCAUCCAGACACCGUGGCCUUUUCACAGCAUCAGCAGAUGGAGAGAGACGAAUCUGGAAUAAUGAAUCCUUCCAAUUUCUACCACCAAAACAUGUCGAGUAAUUUUGUGGAUAUUUCAAAAGGGCUCCCAAUGUCUUUGUAUGGGGGCGCAGUGAUACCGUCACAUACACAAAUGCCUGAUGGCCCCAACUGUCAGGUCUUUAAUGGAGUGCACCCACAAGAUGCUGCUUGGAGUCCAAUGAUGAAGGUGGUGCCGAGUUCAGCCGAAUGUACAGAUGCCCAGAAGAUUUGGCCGGGGACCUGGACGCCUCACAUUGGAAACGUUCACUUGAAGUACGUGAACUGAAUGAGAGGAAACCGUUCAACCCAAAACUGAAAUACUUGAGCGCACCAGGGAGUUUGGUUUAUUUUGUUUUCAUGGUUUCGGUUUUUUUUUUUUUUCCUCCUAAUUCCACUGUUCUAAGGUUGCCCAGUGGACCGGAAAACCCAGUCCCGUUGCUUCAGAACGAAAAGGAUUUGCCGUAUUUAAUAACGAAAAUUGGGUUCAGUCUAGUCAUGCGAAUUAAGAACAAAUCCAUGACCUGAUGCAGUGGCUAUUAUUGAAACACGGUCGCAUUCAGACAAAAACACAUUUAUCAUCUCACUCGUUUUAAAGGGGAUUUCCACUCCUACAAUGAAAACAUAACAUUUUGCAUAAAGUUACAAAAAAAAAAAAAAAGUAAAUGUUUUUGGUAAUAAAGAUGCGUCUGUCUGAUCGUUUCUGUUCUCUGCAAUAGAAACAAUGUUCCAAGAGUCGUGUCUCUCCUCCGGCCAAGGCUCCAGGUAUUGCGGGAAUUCCAGUCUUGCCGGGAGGGAGGGAUGUGACAUCUGUUAUGUUGUUUCAGCAGUCGGGAGAAGCAGUGCAGAACAGAGGGCUUCUGAUUUCAGUAACUGCAAAAGCUUUGAAAACCCUUUUUAAUUUUUUAUUUCGUUACGUAAAAAUGCGACCGUUCUCAUUGUUUGGGUGCAGUUCCCUUUUAAGAGGGUAAAUGGUUUGCGCUUUACAAACCUACGACGAGAUCUGAGUGCAGCUUCUGUUGUUUAGUUGUUCUGCCUUAUGUAGCCUUUAUUAAUGUGAACUAUAUUCCCAAAUAUACAAUAAAAAAGUGCUUACACCAAA